CCGAGCCCGUGUGGUCUCUCGCACUCUGUUGCUAAGGAAAUAAUGGCUCGAUCGGCUCCGCGGUCCGGGCUGACUCGUCCUCCUCGCCGCCCCAGCAGCGCUGCCGUCUCUCAGAGUGCGCCUGUGUGUGUUUACGGGAAUCACUGCGAACAACGUGACGCGCCAGCUCUGCACCAGCCGGGGAUGAGGUCCAAAAGCAGCGGGGUGGAUAACCCAGCCAAUGGGGUACUUGGGGUUCCACAGGGUGACCGUGACAUCUGCCAAGAACAGGAAGUGAGCCUGCCCGUGAAGAGCCUGAAGGCUAAGGUCCAGCAGAAAGAGGGUGAGGAAAAAGUGGAGGUCGAGGUGAUCUCUGACAAAGAGUUGGAUUCCACAGAGGCUGGAGAUAACACACGGAACAUCAUGGACCUGUCUAAAGAGGACCUGCUGACACUGCUGGGAAUCAUGGAAGGAGAGAUUCAGGCCAGAGAAGAUGUUAUCUGCAUGUUGAAGUCCAAACAGAGUUCCCCAGAAGACCUUGAGUCGAGGUAUGGCUCUGCAGUCCCUGUCCCGGCCCUCCGGGCCCUUCAGAGAGACAGCGUCAUCACAGGCACCAAGCCACACAACCACAGCGUCUACCAGAAGCCUAUGGCUGAGCUGGAGCGUCUGCAGGAGAAGCACAAGGAGACGUACCGGCGGAUGCUGGGUCAGUUGCUGCUCGCAGAAAAGUGCCACCGGCGAACGAUCCACGAGCUGGACACCGAGAAAAGGAAGCACGCCGACUACAUGAACAAGAGCGACGACUUCACCAACCUGUUGGAGCAGGAGAGAGAACGACUGAAGAAGCUGCUUGAGAACGAGAAAGCUUACCAGGCCAGGAAGGAGAACGAGCACGCCAAACGUCUGGCCAAAGUGCGCGAGGAGCUGGUCAAACUGAAGUCUUUCGCCUUGAUGCUGGUCAAUGAGCGGCAGCAGCACCUGGAACAGAUAGACCAACAGAGCCAGCGGGUCCAGGAGCUCGGCCAGCAGCUGCAGCAGCGUGAGCAGGCUCUAAGUGAAGCCGGGCAGCAUGCUCAGGAGGAUGGACACAGGGUGCUGAGCCUGGAGGCUGAGCUUAAAGAGAAAUCUGACAAGCUCACCCAGCAGCACGAAGACAUGAGUACCAAGCUAGCCAGUCAGGAGCUUCUCAGUCGUCAGCUAAAUGCCAAACUUUUGGGGCUCACGCAUAAGGUCAAGGAGCUAGAAGAAAGCAACAGAGCACUGAAGAAAUCUGAGGAGGAACUACAUGAGCUAAGGGAGAAGAUCAGCAAAGGAGAGUGUGACAACUCCAACCUGAUUGCUGAACUUGAAAACCUGCGAAAACGAGUGCUGGAGAUGGAAGGAAAGGAUGAGGAGAUUACUAAAACAGAAAAUCAGUGUAAGGAGCUCAGGAAGAGGCUAGAAGAGGAGGACGGUAAGCGUAAAGACCUCAGGCUGGAAGUGGAGAAACUCCAAAAAAGAAUGAUGGAGUUAGAAAAACUGGAGGGAGCUUUUAGCGUUAGCAAAGCAGAGUGCGCACAGUUACACGGUGCUCUAGAAAAAGAGAAGAGCCUGACCAAAGAGCUUUCAGAAGAAGUCGUAGCUCUCAAGAUUCGUAUGAAAGAGCUUGAAUCGACUGAGCUCAAGCUGGAAAAGUCUGAGCUGAGCCUUAAGGAUGACCUCAGUAAGCUUAAGUCACUGACUGUAGCUCUAAUGGAAGAACGAAAGACCCUGAUGGAAACCGUGAAGUCCUGUGAGGAGAAAAAGGACGAUUUAAGCAAAAUGGUCAAAGCUGAGCAGAAUAAGGUUAUGGAAGUAACAGAGAAACUAAUAGAAGAAAGCAAAAAGCUCCUAAAAUUGAAAUCAGAGAUGGAAACCAAAAUAGAGACUUUGACCAAUGAAAAGGGGGAGCUUAGCACUAAGUUAGCUUAUGAAAUUGAUAAAACUAAGGAUCUUAGUUCUAAAGUCAACCAAAUGAAAAAGAAGUUAGAUGGGUUUGAGCAAGCAGAAAAAGUUUCUGCGAAGAAUUCAGUGAAAUGUGAAAUGCAGAGAAUAUCUGACCCCAUCAGCAGAGAGGACAACAAAGUCAAGGAACUGACAUUUGAGAUUGAACACCUGAAAAACCGCCUCAAGCAACUUGAAGUGGUAGAGGGAGAUCUCAUGAAGACCGAGGAUCAGUACGAUGUGCUGGAGAAAAAGUUCAUGAGUGAACAGGACAAAGCCAGCAUCCUGUCCCAGCAGGUGGAGGAAAUGAGGAAUCAGAUAGCGAGGAAUAAAGCAAUUGAGAAAGGAGAGGAGGAAAGUCAGGAAGAAGAUCUGCACCAGCGUUGCAAGAGAGAGGAGGCCAAAACCAGGGAACUGCAAGCCGAUGUGGUGGCCCUCAAGGAGAAGAUCCACGAACUGAUGCACAAAGAAGAUCAGCUUUCUCAGCUCCAAGUGGACUUCUCAGUCCUGCAGCAGAGGUUCUUGGAAGAGGAGGAGAAAGCCAAGAACAUGAGCACUGAAGUUUUCCAUCUCACCAAAGAACUGGAGAUGGCAAAGCGUCAAAGCCGAGCGCUAAGGCCCAGCUUAAAUGGGAGGAGAAUCGUGGAUGCGGCUGUAACAUCCACUGGAGUGCAGACAGAAGUGUCAUCCUCUGGGCCAGCAGAGGAGGAUACCCCAGCUGGGUUCAUCAGAAAGUCUGUUCAAGAAGAAAAUCACAUCAUGAACAACCUAAGACAGAAGUGCCUGAAGAAGCCAACAGAAAAAAGCAGUGCUGUUGAGCGUUGCCCUUCAUCUAGCAGCGACUUAGGCAUCAAGAGAUCCUGGAUUCCUUGGAUGAGGAAAAAGGACCACAGCCCUCAAGAGACCAACCUGGAAAAGCCUCUGCACAAUGGAGAUGGUUUCUCCUCUGAACUGACCAUGCCCCAAAAGCAAGGACAGCCUUUACACAUCCGAGUGACUCCAGAUCACCAAAACAACAUGGCAACUCUUGAAAUCAGCAGCCCAACUGCUGGGAAUGUUUUCUCUAGCUCAGCUCCCCUCAGCCCCAGUCCAUCUCAACCCAAAUCCAGAAUCACAAUCAUUCCCACCUACUCUGCUCCGACCCAACGGAGGAAGUCCCCCGCUGGAUCUCAGGGCCCUGAAAGGGCCAAGUCUCCAGUCACCGUCACAACUACAUCUAGAGCCAAGUCUCCAGAAAGCAGUCGAGCCUCCUCCACUAACUCAGGAAGACCCUUGUCCCCUGUCUCUAUCAUGACAGUGAGCACAGCGGUGGCGUGCAGAGCAUCUGCCUCCCCGGAGCCUCAGGAGAUGACCAUGGGCCGAGCCGUGUUCAGGGUUACCCCUGAGAAGCAGAUGGUCCCAUCGCCUGUACGAAAAGGGCACAGCAGCACGAGUAUCAUCACCACCACCGAUGACAACAAGAUCCACAUUCAUCUAGGCAACAGCCCAAAGAUGGUAGUCCGGCCGGUGGCUGCUGUAACAGAGAGCAAGGAAAUGACCUUAUCAACUGGGACGGUUCUGCGCUCGCCUCGCCAAAUCACGACCACCGCCACCAGGAGCACGCAGAGUAAAGUGAUGAGCAGCAUUACAAUUUCCCCUGUUACGUCCUCCUCUUCCAGAACUACACCGAGCACGACCGGGCACGAUGCCCAGCCUCCGCGCACAGGGCUGACCCGCAUCCCAAUGUCCAAGAGCCUGAAGAUGGGAAAGGCUACGCUGGGAUCCCCGGGGGUCUCGGGCGGCGUGAAACUGGAGUCACGGGCUGAGAGUCAGUCUGUGAGGAUAGAAGUUAAGAAAUCCGCCAUGAACAGCAACACUUUACAAAGUGGAGGGAAAGCCUGAAACAAGCUUUGGUGUUCCAGUACAGCUCAACUAUAGUUUACAAGGCAUUUCUCUUUUUUCUAAUGAAAUAGCAGAUUGAUUUUGUACUUUUUAUAAAGCAUUUUCUACUUCUCUGCUUCUUAUUUUCUGCCACUUAGACUGAAACAUAUCCAUGUUGGUGUGUGUUGUGAUGGGCAUUUGGGUAAAAUAUUAUCUCAGACUCUGCUGCUACUGACGGCUUCUGGCUUGGGUGGAUAUUUGACCUAUAAGGAGUUUCUUUACUAAGACACAUUAUACAUAAAAAUACAUGAUUAAAAUGGUGGUUUAUUUCCUCACUAAAGGAUUUGUACUGAAACUAUUGUAAAUAAAUAUGAAAUUAGAAGGAAGCGCGGUGUGCUUAUUUAUGU